AUGGGCCAGAGAUUGUGUCAGAAUUGUUGGGUGACCCUUGUCCACUCAAGUGAGGCUGUCACAGUUCUACGUAGGCUAAACAGAGAUUAUCCUGAUAGGGUUCGCUUCCAAAGCGUCUUCCGCUCAGGCUCAAUCUCUGAAUCUACCAUCUGUAAUGUUUGCCUACGCCAAACCAGCCAGCCACAGUGCAACUACACUGACCUCCAUACUGGUGACCCGUGGUUCUGCUACAAGCCAAAGAAACUGAGCUGUGAUGCCAGGAUUAACCACAUGAAAACAGGAUAUAAUAGUGUACUCAAGACCGAAGAGUUGAAGCUCUUUCAAAGGAAUGUCAACCUGAAGGUCUUCAUUCCGGCUUCAGGACCUGCCAGUGUCACUGUGUUGUCACCAAGGAAAGGGCAACCUGCAGUCAAUCAAGACAGUGGGAAGUCUGGACUCUCUGGGUAUUACUACCAGGGUGUGUGGCGAUCACUAGGUGGCUUUAACGUUCACCAAUUCAACAACGACUCUGCAAUCAGCCAGUGUUUGAAAGGCAAGGUGGUCCACAUGUAUGGAGACUCAACCAUCAGGCAGUGGUUUGAGUACCUCGACGCUUCGCUUCCAGAGGCUAAAGCAGUAAACCUGAACAGUCCGAUGCAAGCAGGACCUUACAUGAUAUGGGAAAAUACAAACAAAAUCAUGGUAACGUACCGCAUUCAUGGUCUUCCUCUUCGGAUUUCAAUAAUACCAACCAGUAAGGAGUGUUACGUUUCCAAAGAACUUGAUACGCUGGUUGGUGGUACCAACACAGUUGUAGUUUUAGGAAUCUGGGCCCAUUUCAGCACUUUUCCAAUUGAACUUUACAUCAGACGGCUUCAGAGCAUCCGCAGGGCAGUGGUCCGUCUGUUGAAUAGGGCUCCUGGCACACUGGUGGUCAUCAGAACUGGGACCCUCCAAGCUAUGCACGUUGGUAAUGUGAUAAGCAACGGUGACUGGUUCUCGUUUCAGGUGGACAAGGUGCUCAGAGCCGUGUUCAAAGGACUUAAUGUCCAACUGGUGGAUGCAUGGGAUAUGGUUCUUGCUCACCACUUACCACACAACAUUCAUCCAAAACGUCCCAUCAUUAAGAAUAUGGUUGAUGUUCUAUUGUCUUACAUAUGCCCACAAAAGAAGAGAUAGCUAUUAAUUUAAUGAAGGAAUUUUAACAAUUCAGGAAAAAUGCAGCUCUUGUUGGUAAAACUGAAGCAGUUUUUCUGCUUCUUGUGUGUUUCUAUCAAAUCAUUUCUUUUUCAUAAAGCAGACUAUACAGACAAAGCAAGUACUACUUUGAUCCAUCUCUUUACCAGAGAAUUGUGAGUAAA